AUGGCGGAAUGUGUCGGGAAGAUCUUCAAGCGACAACAACGACUGCAUCUCUUCACACUGCUAGUGUUCAACGGUCAGGCUUGGGUCACUCGGUGGGACCGAGCCGGCACCACCGUCUCUGCGUUGAUCGACUUCAAAGAGGACCCGUCGCCGCUUCACAAGGUCAUCUGGCGCUACGCGUGCAUGGAUCAAGAGCGGCGUGGCUUUGACCCGACUGUCGUGCGAGCGACACAAGACGAGAUCGACGCCAUGUGGGAUUGUGGCGCGCCGAACGAGUGGGUCAACGAACAUCGUCAUGCUGCGCUCGAUCAGGCUGCCAGUGGAUGGCCCGUGUACAAGAUCAAGAUGCGGACUGAGGACCUUAUUGACCAGCGGGACCUGCAGCCGCUCACCGACUGGUCGAGUCCAGAGCCGGAGGACACGAAUCCGCCGGCGAGUGAUGGCGCUUCCUUCAUUGUAGGCAAGCCAUACUUCGCGACCGAUUCCCCUAUCGGGCGCGGUACGAAAGGCUACAUCGCCUACGACGUGUCUCGGAAGCGACUGGUCUUCUUGAAGGACUGCUGGCGCCCUCGGGUGGAGGACUCGUUGCGUGAGGGCAACGUGCUGACGAUGCUCAGAAGGAGUGGUGUGCAAUAUGUGCCAACGCCUAUCGCCGCCGGCUUCGCAAUGCUGGCAACCUGGGAUCAGAAUACGACGUGCCGGUGGCCUACACAAGAACACUAUCGUCUCGUGGUGAAGGAGAUCUGUGAGCCACUGGAGAGCCACAGUUCUCCACGGGAGCUCGUCAAAUGUAUAUUUGAAGCGCUUCAAGCACACAAACAGGCCUGGGAGUUGGAGCGUUGCCUGCACGGAGACAUAAGUCCUGCGAACAUCCUCAUACUCCGCUUCAUCGACAUGGAAGGUAUUGAGCGAGUCGUCGGUAUCCUGAACGAUUGGGAAAUGUGCAAACUUAUUAAAGAUGAUACUGCGUCACGCCCGGAUCGUACGGGUACGUGGCGAUAUAUGUCUGCUAGGCUUCUGCAGGACCCCGGGAAGGUACACGAAGUCGCAGACGAUCUGGAAUCCGUCAUACAUGUCCUUAACUGGAUGUGUCUUCGCUUCGUGAAGCACAAUUGA